AUGUCGUCACUGUUUACAACAAUUGCUAGCACUUUAAGUCCAAAACCUGAUACUACUGUUGUGGUACCACAAUCAACAGAUGCUGUAGUGGUAGCAGGAAGAACGGCUGAAAGAAACCCACUUCAGCUCGGCGUUAUUCCUCCCACAACGUCAACAUCAACAACACUAAACCAGUUAGACUCCGCAAAGUUGCUGGAGAUGUUGAGAACGUUGCAAAAUAACCGUGCAGCUGCUGAAGCAUAUUCGCCUAUUACUUUACCACAGCUGGCAAAGCUGCUGCAAGCUCUUACAGCUCUACAAAAUACAGCUGCUAUUCCUAGAACGUCAACAUCACUGGAAGCACCACAGCUCGCCGAACUAUUAAACCUGUUGAGAUUUCUGUCCACGACUUCAACUCAGACUGUUGCGAGUCGGCAGCUACAAGCAGUACCAGCGCAAUACAAUGCUAAUCUACUAAACAAUUAUCAAUACUGGCUGACAUACUAUUGUCAACUUUAUCCACAACUUUGCAACUCAUAUGGCACAACAGCACUUGGUGUCAAUGUUGGAUUGGCUCGUUGUAAGUAA